CUUUAACCCACGCACUCACAUGCACUGUCACACUCCAGGUGCUGAUGGAGGACCGGCAGACCAACCGGCUGAGCGAGUCGCUCAACAUCUUCGAGACCAUCGUCAACAACCGGGUGUUCAGCAACGUCUCCAUCAUCCUCUUCCUCAACAAGACGGACCUGCUGGAGGAGAAGGUGAAGCAGGUGUCCAUCAAAGACUACUUCCCUGAGUUCUCGGGCGAGCCCUCCAGCCUGGCAGACGUCCAGCGCUUCCUGGUGGAGUGCUUUCGUAAAAAGCGCCGUGAGAACCAACAGAAGCCGCUGUACCACCACUUCACCACAGCCAUCAACACGGAGAACAUCCGGCUGGUGUUCCGCGACGUCAAGGACACCAUCCUGCACGACAACAUCAAGCUGCUGAUGUUGCAGUGAGGGGGGAGCGGGGGGAGCAGGGAUAGGUGGAGGCAGAAGGAAAGCGGAUGUCCUGCAGGGAGCAGGCAGCCUCUCUCCACCCGUCCGUCCUCCCUCCCUAAUGUGAGCGGCUCCUCUCUCUAGAACUUUGACUGUGUAUUAAACCCACCACUACUACAGCCAUUCCCCCCCACACUUCUCUGCCUUACUGAGCUGCUUCACUAAGACUUAUAACAGCCACCUUUGGCUCAGAGGCCCCCCCUCCCCCCCUUGAAACCACUGUAAAUGACCUCCAGCCCCCGUCCACAGUGAAUAUGCACCCUGUAUGAUGUGUCCUCACUAUGUGUUGCUUUAAUUCACCCCACACUCCUCUCUCUGCUG